AUUCUUUCUAUCCUUAGCUUUUAACUAAUCGAGAAAUUACGCCAAGCUCUCCCAUACCCCACUUACCCCCACACCCCACACCCCCAACCCCCAACCCCCAACCUCACCCUAUCCUACCAUAAAAACCACAAAUUUCUUUCUUCCAUUAUUGCACACACAUCAAGAUUCACACAAUGACUUCUUCAAAAUUUGAACCAAAUGACGACAUAUUUGAUUUCGUAAUCAAGAAAGCCAAUGGACUAAAAGGCCUAGUAGACACAAACCUUCAAACUGUCCCAAACCAAUGCAUACAACCAAAAGAAGAAAGACUAGACAAGUCACAAAUAGACAAUCAAGAAUCAAUCCCAACAAUUGAUUUAUCAAAUUUUGAUGAUUUGAAGGUCGAAAAAUCAAUUCAAGAAGCAGCAAGUAAGUGGGGGUUUUUCCAAAUUAUCAAUCAUGGGAUACCUAUUGAAGUUCUUGAAGAUUUGAAGGAUACAGGACAUAAGUUUUUUGAAUUGCCAGCUGAAGAAAAAGUGAAGUAUUAUAAGGAAAAUGCCGGUCCUGAUGAAUCUGUGUUGUUGUAUUGGAGUGGUAUUGGUGAGAAAAAUGAGAAAGUUUUGGAGUGGAGAGAUAGUAUCAAACAUGGUUGUGAUCCACAGAAUGAUAGCAAUCUUUGGCCCCCUCAAACCAGGAACCAAGUCUUGGAAUUUCAAAGGUGGGCUAUACCACUUGCUAAAAAGUUGCUAGAGGUGCUAUUGAAGGGUCUCAAUGUCAAUGAAAUUGAUGAGUCUAUGGAACCUCUCUUGAUGGGAACUAUGGCUAUCAACAUAAACUACUAUCCACCAUGCCCAAAUCCAAGUAUCACCAUUGGUUGUCGUCGACACUGCGACAUGUCCUGCAUCACCCUGCUACUCCAGGAUGACACGGGAGGCCUUUAUGUCCGAGGGACUAAAGGCGAUAAUUGGAUCCACGUAAAUCCAAUCAAAGGUGCCUUAGCGGUUAACUUAGGCGACUCGUUGCAGAUCAUGAGCAAUGACCGAUACAGAAGUAUCGAGCACUGUGUGGCGGUUGAUUCGAGCAGGGCUCGAAUAUCCAUACCGCUCUUUGUGAAUCCUAGUCUUGAUAGUGUCAUUGGUCCAUUCCCACAAUUGUUGAAAGAUGGAGAGAAGCCAGUGUACAAACAAGUUUUGUUUUCUGAUUAUUGGGAUUAUUUCAUUAGUAAGAGGCCUUCUGGUAAAGCAUCACUAGAUUUUGCUAAAAUUUGAUGCUUUAAUUUACAAAUUUCCUGUCAUGAGAAGUAUUGUGUUAUAUAAUCAUUGAUUUAGUGUGA